AGCAAUUAUGUUUUAAAAAAAUGAUGCAUGAAAAGUCUUUGAGUAAGCCUAGUUUUAUUCAAUGGUAUUUCAAAACACGUUUGGCAAGUAGGGUCAUUUAGCUUUCUCAUCAGGGGAGUCCAUCCUCCCUCCCCUACGAAGUUAAUGGCGUACUCCUCCCUUCAAAGAAAUUUUAUUGAUCUCCUGUUAAAAACAAUUCAAUCAAAAAUAGAAUUGGAAAAAGUUUUCUUUUCUUUUCGGCCAUAACAGGGGGGAAACCUUGGUCCUGGGUCAGGGGAGAGGACGAAGGAUUUAUGUUAGCGUUAAAUUCCGUCAUCACCGGGACUCAUAAUCUUCAGGUUAUCAGAUUGCUAGGCAACGCGUGUAUUGCAAAUGUGUUAACCCAUUCCGCCACUCCAACCCUCCAGAAUUGGAUAACUUGUGGAUCAUAUAUAACUACACUUGUGUCUGUUCCAUGCUUUUCCUCUCUUUCACCUCGUUUUCUGAUUUUAAAGUUCCUCCAAAUAUUUGCUUCUUUUAUAAAGCCCAUAAAAAUAUGUCCCCUAGAAAAAAUGUAUAGUGCAAUUUGCUCAAUGAACCCCAUUUUCACCAUCCCCACAACCACCCCUGUUUCUCACCAUUUCUUAUAUUUGUAUAAAUACUGUUUGGAGCAUCAAGCCUUCCCUAAUCCCGAAGUAGGGGAAAUCAAACCUGGAUGCUAAUUACUAGGUCAGAAGAGGAUGGUUAUGCGGAAUGUGAAAUGAGAAAAUGAUAUUAACAUAAAAAUAUAUAUUGAUACAUAAAAAGAAUAGAUUUGAAUAAACAGAGGUUGAUGGGGGGCACCAAGAUGUACAUUUAGAUUAUUGAGUUAGUAACUAUUGAUUAAUAUGGGCUGACUGGGUAUAUGUAGAUUCUGGCUGUUGAAUGCUUCCGUCGAGAGACUGGCUUCUGUGUCACCUAAGUUGAAUGGUGUGUUUUGGCCUGCUGGCAUCUUUUAAUGCCUUGUCAUAUGCUGGCAUCCAUACUGCCUCUUCCGGCCACUUCUUUAUGCUGGAAUUUGAUGAAAUUGAUAUGGGACCAUCUACAUCGGUAUCAAUCCAACAAAUAAACAUUAUGAUUUUCAUUUCUUCAUUCUAACCUACAUUUGAUAAAUUGUAUUUCUUCAAUCAACAGACACAACAAUCAUUAUUCACUUCUAAUAAUAAACAUAAACCAAUCUAAUAUUAUUAGCCCUCAGUGCCCAGAAGAAAAGGUGACAUGCUGCAAUGUUUCUACUGAAGAACCUUCUGUGACUGAUUCCAAGUAUCUCCAAGAUGGCAUACAAGAACCUAAGGCCUCUCCAGGGGAAGGCUGUGGCAGAAAGCGGUUUUCAACUCAAAUGAACAUUACUAAAGAUGAGAAACCUUCAUCUAAAACUCUAUUUUAUGGUGAAGUACCAUGGGUCGUUGCAAUUUUAGAUAAAAAUUUGAAUUUAAGAUGUAGUGGAACAUUGAUUUACCCCAAAGUUGUUCUCACUGCUGCCCAUUGCUUGAGGGAAAGAAGUAUAAGCAAUCUGUUUAUUAGAGCAGGAUAUUAUGCUCCUGGUGUAACAAAUAAACCACAAUCAUCUCAAUUAAGAAGACCCCAUAAAUUGGUUUAUCAUUCUGGCUAUGAUGAGAAAAAUUUCACAAACGAUAUUGCAAUAAUAAUACUGGAUCAACCAAUGUUGCUAAAUGCAAUGGUUGAUGUAAUUUGUACACCAGAGGAAGGAAAAGAAUUUAUUGCAACUGAAUGUAUUCUUAGUGGAUUUGGAUCAUAUUCAAAAAAUGGUUCACUUCUAUCUAUUAUUAAAAAGAUAAACUACACAUACAAAUCUCAAGAAUAUUGCCUUAAAGAAAUGAAAACUACUGGUUCCCUACAAUUCUAUCAUAAAUCUAACAUAUGUGGUCUUAGUGAUGAAGAGGAUGGUGCAAGAAAUGGUGAUGGUGGUGGGCCUUUGUUUUGUCCAUUAAAAGAUGAUCCAAAUAAAAUGGUGCAGAUAGGAAUAGUGUCAUGGCAAGCCCAUUCCAAAGGAAAAGUUCCGACAGCUUUCACGUCUGUUAAACACCACUUACCAUGGCUGAGAAAAUACAUAACAGAGUUAUCAUAGGACAGAAAUUAAGUUUAUUAUUUUAAAAAUUAUUUUCUACUUUAUCAAAUAAAAGAUCUUAAAACUUAUGGCAUUCUUGAUUCAAUAAUGAUCCCUAAAAAAUACUUUACAACAAUAAAUAUUCACUAAGAACAAACAAUAAACAGAAAAGUUUUGAU